GAAAAUACAAACUCCUUCGUUAGAAAGGUAAGUGAGGUGAAUAGUCAAAGCUCAAAGGUUGCAGUUGGGAUCGAGCAAGAGUAGUGUGGUGUCGUGUUGUCUCCGCCACCCAAUCGAUUCCAUGCCCCCAAUGGAAGACGAGCAAACAUCCCUUCUGAAACCCACAUACCCUCACUAUUGGGGCUACACUCAAGAGCAAGACUACUACGCCCAACAAGGAAUCUCAGCCGCCGCCUCACACUUCACAACGCCAAGGGGACUCACACUCUUCACACGUUCUUGGCUUCCCCACACUCCCUCCCACCCACGCGCCCUCGUCUUCAUGGUCCACGGCUACGGCAACGAUAUCUCCUGGACCUUCCAAGCCACCCCUAUCUUCCUCGCUCAGAACGGUUUCGCUUCCUUCGCAAUCGACCUUCAGGGCCAUGGCCGCUCCCAGGGACUCAAAGCCUUCGUUCCCAACGUCGACCUUGUUGUUCAGGAUUGUCUCUCAUUCUUCAAUUCCAUCAAACAAGAUCCAAAGUUUAGAAAUUUACCUUGCUUUCUCUAUGGGGAGUCCAUGGGUGGUGCUAUUUGCCUUUUGAUCCAUUUUGCGGACCCGAAAGGGUUCAAAGGUGCGAUCUUGGUGGCGCCCAUGUGCAGAAUUUCUGAUAAGGUGAGACCCAAAUGGCCAAUUCCUCAGAUCCUCACUUUUCUCGCGAGAUUCUUCCCCACAUGGGCCAUUGUUCCUGCUCCUGAUCUAUUGUACAAGUCUGUGAAGGUGGAUCACAAGAAGGUGAUUGCGGAUAUGAACCCUUUGAGGUACAGAGGGAAACCGAGGUUGGGGACAGUGGUUGAGCUUCUGAGGGUUACUGAUUUUGUGGGGAAGAGGCUUGGUGAUGUUGAGCUCCCUUUUGUUGUGUUGCAUGGGAGUGCUGAUGUUGUAACUGACCCUGCUGUAAGCAGGGAACUCUAUGAGGAGGCUAAGAGUGAGGACAAGAGUAUCAAGAUCUAUGAUGGCAUGAUGCAUUCUUUGCUCUUUGGCGAGACUGAUGAAAAUGUGGAGAUUGUCAGGAAUGAUAUAUUGCAGUGGUUGAAUGCUAGGUGUUGAAUGGUAGGGGGACAGUAGAUUUAGAUCGAAUCUGAUGAUAAUAAUGCUGUUGAAGGUUCUAUACAAUUGGCAUUGUCUUUCUAUUUCAUCAUAAUUGUAAACAUACAUGUUAAUUUGAUAAUGGUAUUCCUCAAUAACAAUCACCCGUUUGUAAA